AUGCUAUUAGACAUAUUCACUAUUGGUCUAGCCGUCGCUUCUGCUUACGCGCUUCCGGACAGUCCUCGUCAUUAUGGCGAGGUCGAGUAUGCACCUGGCGUUUUCGACCCUCCAACAACUGUAUGGGGCGGUUCUAGUGCGAAAGCGGGAUUCUCCAGUUUCAACCCAUUGCCUAACCCUGACAUGAACGAAAAGGUGGCGUCGGUGCUUGUAGGAAAGACUGUGGGCGGAAAUAGUGCUAUCAAUGGUAUGUACUUUGAUCACGGAUCUAGACAUGACUACGACGCAUGGGCCCAAAUUGGAGAUCCUGAGUUCAGUUGGGGUACGAUCAAGUGGGACUGA